UUUCUUUUUCCUUCCUUAAGAGGCAAGAUUCAGAUCUCCUGCACAAGAAUCUUCGCUGAUUCCUUAUUCCAAGAGACGAGACAAUCUGCAACAUGGACAUCGAGGACAAAAAGGUUCAUAACGCCAUGGAAAACAACUGUAACGGAGGAGAUGCAAGCAAGAUGGACAAAGACGAACAGGAUCUGAACGACUGGCUUCCGGUUACAGCAUCCAGGAAGGCAAACUGGACUCACUCGGCCUUUCACAAUGUCACUGCGAUGGUUGGCGCUGGUGUUCUUGGCUUGCCCUUUGCGGUGUCUCAAAUUGGAUGGGUUCCUGGAAUCGGCAUGAUCAUCGUCUCGUGGUUGGUCACCUUGUACACGUUGUGGCAACUCGUGGAGAUGCACGAGGUGGUCCCGGGGAAGCGGUUUGACCGGUACACUGAGCUGGCCGAGCACGCCUUCGGCUCGAAGGUCGGGUACUGGUCCAUCAUGCCUCAGCAGACGCUCGUCCAGGUUGCAACGGACAUCGUGUACACCGUGACUGGAGGGAAAUCGCUGAAGAAGUGCCUGGAGCUGGUAUUUCCAGCGAUGGCGAACGUCAGACAGACGUAUUACAUACUCUUCUUCACUGGCCUGCAGAUUUUGCUCUCCCAAACUCCUAAUUUCAACUCAUUGAAGGGAGUCUCUCUGCUCGCUGCGUUCAUGUCCCUUUGUUACUCGAUGGUGGCCUUCGUCACCUCAACCAUAAGAGGGGCCCACCACCACCACGGGAUCAAGUACGGAGUCCGAUCCCACACGACGGCCGGCAAGGUGUUCGACACGCUGAACGCGCUCGGGACCAUCGCGUUCGCGUUCGCCGGGCACAGCGUCGUCCUUGAGAUCCAGGCCACGAUUCCGUCGACCCCGGAGAAGCCGUCGAAGAAGCCGAUGUGGAAGGGCGUGAUCGUCGCCUAUGCCGUCGUGGCGCUGUGCUACUUGUCGGUUGCAGCCUCCGGGUUCUGGGCAUUCGGCUCGCUCGUUGAAGACGACAUCCUUAUUUCUCUGGAGAAGCCAAACUGGCUCAUUGCCGUGGCUAACUUCAUGGUGUUUCUUCACGUCCUUGGAAGCUAUCAGGUUUUUGCAAUGCCCGUGUUCGAUCAGAUCGAGUCAUGCCUGGUCAAACGGUUGAAUUACAAGCCGGGACGUCCCCUUCGCCUCAUAUCUCGCAGUGUCUACGUUGCUUUAACUGGGUUCAUCGGAAUGUGCAUCCCAUUUUUCGGGGGACUGCUGGGAUUCUUCGGAGGACUUGUUUUCGCAUCCACUUCUUACUUUAUACCCUGCAUCAUGUGGCUCGCAGUCCACCGGCCUAAGAGUUGGAGCUUCCACUGGAUAGCAUCAUGGAUUUCUAUCAUAAUCGGGGUGUUGAUAGCAGUGCUUGCUCCGAUUGGAGGAGUGAGACAGAUUGUUCUCUCAGCCAAGACCUACAGAAUAUUUUCUUAGUUGGGUUUUACAGUUUGUGUAGGAUGGGAAGCUUAGUAAUAUGUAUUUCCUCAAAGGGUCAUCUCUUUAAUGUUUCAGAGAUGAUUUCACAUUAGAUUUA